AUGACCUCUUCAGAAUCAUACCCUGUGGCCAAUGGGGCCGGCCACAGCAAUUGGGUGGUACAAAAAUUCGGCGGCACCAGUGUCGGCAAGUUUGCGUUGAAUAUCAUUGAGCAGGUGGUCCAGUACGUGAGCAAUGACUUCCCCUCCUGGGAGCUCCCCCCGGUGCCUCCCAUCCCCCGAACGAUCUUUGGCAUAUCAGAACUCACCUUGGGUCUGCAAUUCAUCAUCGUGAAGUACAUGGUCGCUGUUGUAUGCUCCGCCAGAAGCAGCUCGACCAAAGCAGAGGGUACUACAAACCGGUUACUGCGGGCAGCCCGGGAUGCUGAAAGCUCCCAUUCUCAGCAAUACCACACUUUCGUCGAAGCCGUCCGCUCGGAGCACGUGCAAGUGGUGCAGGAACAGAUUCAGUCCUCGGAACUACGGGAUCAAGUCAUUGCCGACAUCAACACCGAAUGCCAGAAGGUUUUGAAAGUUCUUGAGGCCGCGCAAACCCUUGGGGAGAUCAGCGCGCGAUGUGUGGACAAGGUGAUGAGCGCGGGUGAGAAGCUGAGCUGUCGGCUCAUGGCCGCGUUUCUCCAGGACCGUGGGGUCGACUCACAAUACGUCGAUCUGGCUGAGGUGAUUGACUUCCCCAUUGGUCCGAAUGGUCUGGAUCAGGACUUUUACAAUUCUCUGGCGGCUGCUCUGGGUAAGCUGGUCGCGGACUGUGAGCACCGGGUGCCGGUCAUCACAGGGUACUUUGGCACCAUUCCCGGUGGCCUGCUGGAUCAGGUCGGCCGUGGCUAUACCGAUCUGUGUGCCGCCCUCGUCGCCGUGGGCACUCACGCCAAAGAGUUGCAGGUGUGGAAGGAGGUGGAUGGCAUCUUCACGGCCGAUCCGCGUAAGGUCCCGACGGCGCGACUCCUCCCGACCAUCACUCCCGCUGAAGCUGCCGAGUUGACCUUUUAUGGAUCCGAGGUUAUCCACCCGUUCACCAUGGAGCAAGUCAUUCGCGCCAAGAUCCCCAUUCGGAUCAAGAACGUGAUGAACCCGAAGAACCGCGGCACUGUGAUCUUCCCCGAUUCUGCCGCCGAGCUGGAGCGGGACACGCCUGGUCACGACCCUCGUCUUUUCCGCACUCGCAGUCCUAGCCUGAUGCAGAAGCCCAAGCGACCCACCGCGGUGACCAUCAAGCACAAGAUCUUGGUGAUCAACGUGCACUCGAACAAGCGGUCCUUGUCACAUGGCUUCUUUGCAGGGAUCUUUUCCAUUCUGGAUAAGUGGCGCUUGUCGAUCGAUUUGAUCUCCACGAGUGAAGUCCACGUCUCGAUGGCUCUCCACUCGGAAUUGCCCUUGCUGAAUGGUAAUGGCCGUGAUGAUUAUCAAGUGAUUGAUGAUUCUCUCAAGGGUGCGCUCAACGACCUGACCAAGUACGGCACGGUCGAUAUCAUUCCCGACAUGGCCAUUCUCAGCCUGGUUGGCAAACAGAUGAAGAAUAUGAUUGGAGUUGCGGGACGUAUGUUCACUACAUUGGGUGAGAACAAUGUGAAUAUUGAGAUGAUCUCACAAGGUGCCAGUGAAAUCAACAUCUCCUGUGUCAUCGAAGAACGCGAUGCCGACCGUGCCCUCAACAUCAUCCACACUAGCAUGUUCACCUUCCUGGAAUAA